GGGGGCGCUGACUCAGCCGCAGCCCCACCGCUGCCCGCCCAGCCGGGCCUGGGCAGCACCCCGCGCGCACCCCGCGCCCCCAUUGCCGGGAAGCAUCGCAGCGAGAGAUCAGCGAUUGCCCCAGCCUCGGUGCCGGCUCCGCCAGGGCCCCGCGAACGCACGGGACGGGCCUGGCCAGGUUCUCCACGGAAUCCUGUGGCUUUCCUGCAGCGUUCACCAGGACUCCUGCCCGCUUGUCUCUGCUAUGCUGCAGAAACCGCCCACUUUCAGUGUGCUGGGUCCACCCACCUGCCUGGAGGAUCAUUUGCUCCCCCAGGGUUCCUGACGUCACCUGAAGGCAGCCCCGGGGCCUGGGAUUUCAGAAUUAUGAGCAUGAAACUGCAGCACAUUCGUCCUCCCCUAGAGCUACUGACUUCCUGGGAUUCUGCAGGGCCCAAGCCUUCAGCUUCUCAAAUAAUUGAAACAGAAGCAGGGUCUGACCGAGCAGCGAGCAGAGCACUGAACUCCCACUCCUGGCACGUGCAGAUGGACACACAGAAAUAGCGCUGCCACCGCCAGUGCAGUACCCUCUCUCUGAGUGAAAGGCUACCACUCUCCUCAGCUCCCCAGUGUGAUGCCUAGAUACUAUUCCCGCCUCACACAGCCCAACCCAGGGUCCUUAUGAAGUGGUGACCACUCCAACCAGCAGGGGUGGAAAAUGGUACGAGUUGAGCCCCAGUCAGAGGAGUCCGCAGUUGCUGCUGAGAGAUGGAGGAGCCCACGCCAGAGCCCGCCUACGUCGACGUGGACAAAGGGUUGACCUUGGCCUGCUUCGUCUUCCUCUGCCUCUUCCUCGUCGUGAUGAUCAUUCGUUGUGCCAAGGUCAUCAUGGACCCUUACAGCGCCAUCCCUACGUCCACCUGGGAGGAGCAGCACCUGGACGACUGAGACGUGGGAGGCGCAGGUGGAGAGUAGACCCCAGUGCUCUCUGGGCAGCAGUGUGCCAGGAUGUGCUUGUGUGUGCCCUGGUCAGCAGGCUGCCAGCCUUGCCAGCUCUCUCAUGACCUCUCACCAGGACGUGAAAUGCCUGGGUGCUGUGGGUGCUGCAACCAUGGGGCAGCUUAGGGAUAAGAGUCCUGGGCCAAGAUCCCCAAGGCCCAGGUUCCAGCCUGAGUCGCUGGACAAUGACGGGGUUGUCACCUUCUCAGGCGCCUGUGCAACUUUUGGAGUUGGAUUCUCUCAGCACACAGCACUGACUUCAUUUUGAGGAGACUUUAUUUCCUUCAAACACAAAGUAGCACAUGGAGGUUCCCAGCACAUAUGUCCCGGCUGGUCCCAAACCCUCCCUGUGGACCAGCAACGGAGCAGGCGGCGAAGGGUGAGAAGAGGUUGAGGGUGCCUCAUCUGAAAAUGCUCAGAAGGCGUAUGGGCUGCUUCCAAGGAGUGUUUUGUUUUUUGUUUUGUUUUUAACUAAAAUACAGAGGGAUAUAUUUUUCCUGUAAUAUGAAAAUGUACAUUUUAGAAACUUGGGAAAACACAGAUAAACAUAAUAGAAGGAAAAGGGGGACAAUAACACAAUCCCACCUCCCAGAAGCCACCACUUUAAUAGAUUUUUUCCUUUUUUUUACAUAGUUUUAGUCCAGUUGGUGCCACGUGCAGGACGUCGCACCGUUCCGUGACAGCAUGACGCCUUCCCAUUCCAUUACUCUUCAGGGCCGUUCCUCUCAGUGACUGCUGACGGGUGACAGUCGUCUCUUUUGGUUUCACUCACUUUGCCUACAAGACUUUUUUCUUCAUCCAGAGCACAGUCCAUGAGAUGAGUAUUAAACAAGGAGACCUAGGUUCUAGUCCUGCUUCAGUCACUCAGAGGCUGUAAUCUGGAGCAAGUCUUUUCACCUCUCGGUGCCUCAGUCCCCUCACUGUAAGACGGGGAGGAAAAGCCUUGCCAUUCGUGUGUAUAUUGUGUCUGUGUGUGCGCGUGCACAACUAUACCUCAUGUGAAUGAAAGGACAAGAGGGGAGAACUCUGAAUGUAAAUAUGCUGUAGUGUGUGUUGGGGGGACGGCAAGGAGUAAGCUGCUGAUAAUGACUUUUCUCUGGACCUCCCUCCUCCUCUUCCCACCCUUCCACCCUACGCCCACCCCUGUCACCAAUGUCUAUGACCUGUCCCAAGUCCCAAUUCCUCUACUUCAUUGUUUUAUGACGCUAAAUAAGUCAGCCUCUCUGAGCCCCAAUUUCCUCAUCUGUAAAUGGGGGAAUAACACCUACCUCACAAGGUUGUUGUGAGGAUGAAAUGAGAAAACACAGACAAAUAUUAGUGUCCUUUCUCGAAUCCACCACCCCAGGGGAAACUAAGGGUCUGAGCUGGGAGGAUCAGAGAUUCUGGGUUCUCCCCUCCCUGCAGAGCCUAGAACCCCAGGCUAGACCCUCAACUUCUGAGGGUCACCUCCUACAGAUCAAAUCUCCCAACAGGACCACUGGUCAGACGAAUACUCACAGCAACCUCCCCAGCAGACUAACCUCAAGGAUAUGGUAUCUACUUAUUUAUGCACUUGCCACUGUCUUCAGUUUUCCCACAAACAUGAUAUGAAGCUAAACUAGACCACCUGAGCUCCCCUUCUUCUGAAUCCCUCCAAGAUGGGGCCUGCCAUGAUCAGAAGAGACCUGCAGCUGUGAAGAAGCUCAGGGCUCCUUUCCCAUCACCAGUAUCCCAACCAGGGGUUCCCCACCAGCCCCAGGCCACCUGGGAAGUAGUUUCCAAAGCACUGUCACCACUAGGUGACCCCUGAAAAUGGACAAAGCCUCAGCUGUCCAGGCAGCACUCCAGGGCACAUCCAGUUGUCCUCCCCUCCACUAUGUGGACUGCACAAAGGGGCAGCUGGUAAAGGCAGUGGACCAAGAUGCAAUGGAGUCUCUGCAGAAGGGGCAGGAGCGGAAAGCCCGACACUCAGGCAUUGCCUUCGGCCCAGGAACGGUCUUCACUCUGAAGCCUACCUCAGAGAUAC